AUGAAUAUAUCUUUAAUUUUUUUUUUGGCAUUUCUUUUUGUUCUGUCUUAUCCAUCAAAUGCAGAGAAAAAUAAUCCUGGCUUUUGCCAAAAAACUCAUCGAGGAAUUUUGAAAUAUCGACAAAAAAAAGGGAAGAAUGAAUUUAUUACUGUAUCCGCUAUUUUGAAAAGCGAGACCCUCGAGCUAUACAAGGGAUCAAAAUUAUUUGAUACAAUAAAACUAUCUGAAGUUAUAGCACCUCUUGAAAUAUUUUCAACAAAUUCUGAAUGCCUAGUUGCUAAUAUUAUCAACAAAGAUUCCGUUAUGCUUUGUUGUAACACGGAAGAGUGUUUAAACAAUUGGUGGAUAUUCAUAACAAAACAAAUAAUUUGCUUAAACCAAGGGGAGAUGAGAAUAGAAAAUGAUGACACAACAAUUGAAGAACAGCAAUAUAAUAUUUUAAACGGAGAAAAUUUAGAUGACAUUGCCAUUGAUAUACAAGACAAUCUAGAGGACCUUACAAAUGUUUCCAUAAAAGCAGAAUCAUAG